AUGUAUGUGAAAUGCUUUGAUACAGUAAUGUUUUACUAUUUGAUUUUAGUGUAUUUAGUGAAUGUCACUUUUUGUCAUUUUCAAAUUUCCCGCCGUUCCAUCCCCCGUACGUCCCGACGCUCACAGGGGACGGAACCCAGAUGACAGAUGCCGGAGGACAUUACAGGGGGGACAUCGCAGGAGCGCAGGGCAAGGUAAGAGAAGAAGAGAUCCUGGAGCAACGCCGCAUGGCAAGCCUGAGUGUAGCUCGGGGUUACCGCUUGUGCUACACUCGGGAAUACCGCCAGGGAGGUUA